CAAGCAUAUCUUGUUUUCUUAUUUGUUUUUUUAUAUCUUUUUGCCUUUGUAUUCAUCCUCUUUGAUUUCUCUCCAACAAUGGCUGCCCUUGGAACUUGUGAGCGCCCAUCACUUAGCAACCUAGAAAUGUCCAUUCAUGUGACUAAUGAUGCUCAGAAAAACCAAAUCCAAGUUCCAACCGCUGAGGAUGAGUUUGACUACUCUCAGAGGGCACAGUGGCUUCGAGCUGCUGUGCUAGGAGCAAAUGAUGGGCUAGUUUCUGUUGCAUCAUUAAUGAUGGGUGUUGGAGCUGUUAAGGAUGACAUCAAAGCCAUGCUGGUUGCUGGUUUUGCAGGCUUGGUUGCUGGAGCUUGUAGCAUGGCAAUAGGAGAAUUCAUCUCUGUAUACACUCAAAGAGACAUAGAGGUAGCCCAAAUGAAAAGGGAGAGAGGGAAGCGGGAAGGUAGUGGAGACUAUGAGGAAGAGACUGAGAGGAAGAAGCUGCCUAAUCCUGGCCAGGCUGCUAUAGCAUCAGCCUUAGCCUUCUCGAUUGGUGCAGUGGUGCCGCUGCUAGCAGCUGCUUUCAUAAGGCAGCCGAAGGUGAGGCUGGCGGUGGUAGCUGCAGUGGCUAGCUUGGCCCUGGCGGUGUUUGGUGCGACAGGAGCUGUGAUUGGGAGGACUCCUGUGGCGAGGUCCAGUUUCAGGGUGCUGACCGGAGGGUGGAUGGCUAUGGCUAUUACUUUUGGCCUAACCAAGUUGGUUGGCACUACUGGACUGUGAUGUGCUUGCCUAAUGCUGCUUGAUUCCUAGUUCCUACCAUCAAACAUGAAAACUGUUAAUUGCAAUAAGCCUAGUAAUUUGGGGUGAAAUUCAGUGUAAAAUUUACCCCUGGUGCAAUGCUAAAUAAACACAAGUUAAUGGAAGCUACUAAUCAGAAGUGAUAGAAUUUGUACUGCACAAGCCUAAUGCCAAUA